GUAGCCUCUCAUCCAGCCUGAUUCACACAAUCCCAAUCCUCUCGCAUCCCACUCUCCCCCCCCUCCCCCGGCAUCAUUGGCGUUCUUGUCACCGUGCCCAUGCUUUCCAAUUGUUGCCUUUGAAGCAAUUCCCCCGAUCCUCGCCCUCCUCUCCCACCGCCCUCGCCGUCUUCCGUCGCCAAUUGACAUCCGUCCCAUGGAUCAGCCGGCGGCAAAGAAGAGAAGGCUGGCACCCAAGAUCGAGGCGCAAGCGAGCCCUCCGCAUCCGCCGGCCUAUGCCCAUGAGCCUGCCCAACCCGCCCAACAUUUCCAGGCUCAGGAGGCCCCUCCUCCCCCCCCCGAGCGCCACGAGUUCGAGUCCUUCGCGAGACACCUGCAAGAUGCCGCCAUGCUUAUAUACCGACAAACCCAAAAGUCCCCCUAUACCAAAGCCUCCGUCCUCCUGCUGAGCUGGAGCGAGGACAAUUCCGUCGAGGAGGACUUGGUCGGCCUCGACCAGGUCCUCCGCGACCGCUUUAAUUACCGCACCGAACGCUUCGCCAUACCCGCCACCGCCACCGCCAGCACAAAGCUCGGCAUUCGCAUGGCCUCCUUCCUCGAACGCGCGGGGCCCGACCACCUUCUGAUAAUAUACUAUGCUGGGUAUGCGUAUGCUGGCGCGGAUAAUCAACUCUUCUGGGCAAGCAACGAGCGGGACGAUGCGGCUAAACUGCGGUGGGCCGGAUUUCGCUGUCUCUUCGAGGAGGCCGCGUCUGACGUGCUCCUGCUUCUCGAUACCUGCGCCUCGAAAGAACAAAUCGUCCCCGGCGGUGGCAGCGUGAAGCAAGUUAUCGCCGCUAGCACCCCCGAACACCAUUCCCGAGACCCCGGCUUGCGGUCAUUCACGUCACACGUCAUCGACGCGUUGACCAAGCUGAGCGCCGGAAGGCCGUUUACGGUGGAGCAGUUGUAUCACGAUAUUGUUGUCCAGAAGCAACACGAACUUACACAGGCGUCAGGGUUAACUAACGGAGCGAGCAAGAGCCUUCCCUUUUCCGAGAAGAUACCCGUCUUCUACACGUUGAGCUCUGGCAAAGGCCAGGGCCUUUCCCUCUCUCCGCUGCCUUCGGACACUGAGACGCAAUCGCGGUCUCCGCGGGCGAGCGUGGAUGCCGACGCCCAACUACUCAAAGCGUCCCGCGAAGAUCCCAUCCUCCACCCGAGCGCCAUAGCCGACUUGACGUUUGACGAGCCGAGAGUCCUGGUCUGCACCACUUUUGUUGGCGAGGCUAGUCCGGACAUGUCCUCUUUCAACCAUUGGCUGCACAACGCCCCUGCUAUCGCCUCGAAGAUAGCUGUAGAAGGCAUGUUUCUCGGGCCACCCACGAUGCUGCUCAUAUCGAUGCCAGUCGCGGUCUGGAAUGUGGUGCAGCAUGAUAAGGUCUGCUGCUUCCUAGGAUACGUGAACUCUCAUAAUAUGACACAUCUGUAUAACCGCUUAGUCGGAUCCGUGUCCGUCAACAAGGCGUCGGCGAAGGACGUGGAAGAUGGCCGGAUGCUUCUCGAAGCGCGGGAGAUGGCCGUGCAUACACCCAUUGCGCGCCGCCACGAGCUACCGAAUCACGCGCCGUUGCGGCCGGAGACACCAAUCCGACCAGAGAGCAUGGGACGACUUGACCCCGUGAGCCUGGCUCAAUCGUCUGUGGCUUCCAACGUGUCUUACACCAACUCCACACCAGGCGCAGCCGUCGCCAGCAAAAACGACGUGGAAGAUUCUGCCGAGAUGCAGGAGGCUGCCGAACAGCUCAAAGCCCUAAGUCAUGUUCGGCACCUGAGCGGCGAUACCACGCCUGGCGCGCACGCGCAGCCAACCCCCGCGGACGACAUAGAGCCUAGCAGACACGAAGAGGUGUCUGCUCACGACGCGAACGAAUCCGGGGCCGACGCGACCCAAUAUCAUCCCGAGUUCCCGACGCCAUCGCGGCCCAAGCAGCCCCGCCGAUCGCUUCAGAAGCAGACCCCCAAGCAGGAGACCCGCUGCAACAUGUGUAGCCACGCGCCUUUCAAGGAUUCCUCGUCGCUGCGUAAACACAUCGCCGCCGCCCACACCCGUCCGUUUCCCUGCGCCUUCGCCUUUGCCGGCUGCACGAGCACGUUCGGAUCCAAAAACGAGUGGAAGAGACAUAUUGCCUCGCAACAUCUGUGCCUACAGUACUACCGGUGUUCGUCCUGUCCGCACACCGCGGCCGAGGGCAAGGGGAACGAAUUCAACCGCAAGGACCUCUUCACGCAGCACCUCAGGCGCAUGCACGCGCCGUUCGCCAUCAAGAAGGCGAUCGUGAAGGGCGACAGCAAGCUGCAGGUGGACUGGGAGAACCACGUGAAGGAGAUGCAGCAGUCGUGCCUGGUGACGCGGCGGAAGCCGCCGCAGCGGUCGUCGUGCCCGAAGCAGGACUGCGGGAACUUCUUCGAGGGGCCGACGUCGUGGGACGAGUGGACCGAGCACGUCGGCAGGCACAUGGAGAAGGGCGAGGCGAGCCGGCUCGGCGUCGACCGGCUGCUGGCGAAGUGGGCCGUCGACGAGGGCAUCAUCGAGCGCAGGGACGACGGCGACUACCGGCUCUGCAGCGGCGCCGGCGGCGCCAGCGCCGACCGCGAGCCGCCGGCCGCCGGCAGCGUCGAGUGCCAGCCCGACGAGCGGGACGGCGCCAGGCCGCGGGACCCGAACGACCGCACGAUAAUAGCCGCGAGCACGAUGGUGGACAAGAUGGACGUCGACGAAUAGCAACAACAACGGCCCGGCCGUAGACGCGCGCGAUGUCUGCUUGUCGGUGCUUUUUUUUUCUUUUUGGGAGGGGAGGGGCUUUUCUUUCUCGAGCCAGAGCAUUUACGGGACCCGGACCAUCUCACGAAACAGCAUCAUCCAUCAUUUUUUUUCUUUCCUCAUCAUCGGACAGCGAGGCUAUCGCGCAUAUACGGCAUUUCUCUUUUCUAAGACCG